AGGGGGGCAGGAGAAAGGGGCGGGACGUAUUGGGCGCGCGCAGUUGAAAGACCGUUACUUGGACCGUUGGUAUCGGUUCGGUUGGACUGCUCUCUCGCUAUUCUCAUUUCCUGACAUAUUCGGUUCACCAUGGCUGAGGCCCGAGCUUCCCCGCCUCCUCCUCCUCCUCCCCCAUCUUCUCCUUCAUCCUCCUUGGACCGCGCCGCCGCCUUCUCCUUGUCCCCGGAGCUCCCGGCGGUAUUGGCUGGGAGAAUCCGGAACCAGAACCGGGGCCGGGGCCGAGCCGUGGAACCGCCGUCGGUGGACCCGCUGGAGGAGGUCGAAAUGCAGAUCGAUGAUGCAGCUUUUUCAUUAAUUAAACUUCUUGAGGCCACAUCUGCUGUUUCAGCCCAGGUGGAAGAGCUGGCAUUCAAAUGCACCGAAAAUGCACGAUUCCUUAAAACUUGGAGGGGUCUGCUAAAAGAAGGCUACGAUUCCUUGAAACCAGAAAACCAAUGCAGCACAACCAACUAAAUGUUGAAAUAAUGACUGCUUUAAAAAAAUUGAGGACAGAAUUGCUACAUGUAUAUGCUUGCACUUUUUUCCCACAUGAUAUUUGCACCUAUGGAUGUAUCAGACUUUAUUUCCAACAGUUCUGGAUAUUUCAACACUCUGCUUUGUAAAUGGAUAUUAAGACUUUAUUUCCUUGUUUAUCUUUCCUGUUUUAAAAAGGAAAAACAUUUACUUAAGUUUGACUCUGGAUAGUAUUUGAUCUUUUUUCUGAGUCAGUUUGUGCCUACUAAACUUUCACAAGCUUAAUUUACCUUUAAAAGAAAGUUAAUUUUAUCUAUGAUUAAGAAACUCAAAAAUAAUAUAAUUCACUUUUAGAAUGCUUUAAAAUUUACAAAUACCUUUCCCCUUACAAUAGUCUUUGGACUAAGUAAUACAAGUGUUAUGUUUUAAUAUUUCGAUAGAAUUGUGAUCUCACCAGUGAGGAUACUCCCUCCAACAGUAUAGAUCACAACCCAUUCAUACUUUCUCCUCUUUUGUGGCUUUUUAUCUGUAUGCUCUUAAUGAUUUGUCAUGAGGGAUCCAUUCAACUUACUGAAGGUCUUCCUUGCAGUCUUUUAAAAGUUAUGCUUAUACCAGAGCAGUACUCCAGGCUAUUCAUCUGUUUUUCCUCUCACUGCUAUCUGAUUGGCCCACUUUCUUUUCUGAUAAUGCAGUUCCGGGAUGAUACCUUCUGGGCUGCCACUUGUAUGCAUAUCAUUGUCAUAUUACUCCAUAUAAUUCAGUUUUUGCUCCUUUGGGUCACAAAAUUUUUUAGACAUUGUAGUAUUUUGUUCUUCAUAAAUAUAUGUUUCAAUGGAAUAAUAUCACUUUUUUAAGAAAAGUGGGCUUUUAGCUCAGGAAACAGUUUGGAAUGAUUGAAAGUGCUGUUAAUUCUGAAAAGCAUUCUAAUAUGUAUUCUUGCUAUUCAUUCUUGGGUCUGGUUCAGUGUUUGAGAGUAUUCUAAGAUAGAUGUAGUAGUAGUAGCUAACUACUAUUACCUAUUCACAUGUAUAUCAUAGAUUUAGGAAAUGGUCAUUAUUCAUCCACUUGGUUUUUCCUAUAUUUGUUGUUGGGUCAAGCUCUGCAUACCAUAAAAGUAUUCCCAUUCUCCUGAUGAAGAAAAUUGAAUUUCAGAAAAAGUGGGAGAACUAGAACUUGAAUUCCAGGAGUUUUGGCUUCUGGGUUCUUUAUAUUCCUUCUACCAAAUGACACUAUCUAGUAUUAGUUCUUCCUUGGUAUAAUGCUGAAUUGCCAAUAGAAAUGCUGUUUUUUUCCCCUUCCUGUUGGGAAUUUUGGCCAGUGGAAAUAAAUUGGCUAUUUCUUUCUCCUUUGAAUGUACAAUCCAAAGCUUCCUUGAGUUGGAGAAAAUUUUUUUUCUUCAACACAUAUAUAUUCUUUACCUGAACCACUGCCUUACUUCAUUUAAAUAGAUGUAAACAUAAUAAAUGAGUACUUUAAAGUAUGAAUGAUGUUUUUUUAAAACUUUUUAUGAAAACUGGGGUUUCACUUGGAACACUUUUAAAACUUGUAUGGGACACAUAUAUUCCCCAUGUUUCUCUACUUAACUGCAUUUUUACCUACAAUUACAGUUUCUUAUCUAAUACUUUUUUAUAUUUGAUUAUUUUUAAAGUGCCUUAUGCUUGUAUGGUUACAUGAUAUUGCUUUGUGGAUAUAUAAGUUCUAUAGUAAUUUUUAUGUAACUUAGUGUUUCUGUAACUUCCUUGAAAGUGGUGAGUUGUUUUAAUUGUUUCAAUGUUACUGAAUUUAAGAUUCAUUCUUAGCUACUUUUUGUAAAUUUUUUAGGGGUCCAACUGUACUAGCUACAGUUUUGUUCCUGAAUCUUUUGUUUGUCCUUUACUUAGUUUGUAUUGUUGUGUUGAUACCAAAGCCAUCUAAAUCUUAUUGUUACAUAAAAUCUUUGAAACCUUUGGUAUAAUGUUAAGAAAUUUGUAUGAAUGGUCCUUAGAGAAUUAAACCCCCAAACUCCAUAGUAGGAGAGAUAAAAGGGAGUAACAAUUGCUAGACUACAUACUGAGUCACAGUUCAGUUUUUUAUUUGAAGAAAUGUUUAGAAAAAUUGCUGGUGGACUGUGUUCCCUGUUUCAAAAAAGUAAUUAUUUCAAUGAUAGAGGAAAUAUUUUUUAAAAUGUAGUAAAAACAAUUUUAUUUAUGUAAAAAUAAACUUUUUUUUUUUUCAAAAAGCAAA